CAUUACUGUCGCGAAACAACUACCUUAAUAAGGAUAAAGUUUACGCUUGGUACAGUAUGAGAUACGUAACAAAUAUUAAUUGCUAAAAAAUAUUUUAAGCACGACACAUUUCUUUACGUUAAUAUUUCUUGCGUAAAUCCGUCUACCUGUUGAUUUUUAAUUUUACACUGAUAAUAUUUGAGGAAAGCAUCGAGACUUUGGUGCGAUCGGUGUGCGCAGGUUGUUUCAACGUAUGCAAGUAUCGAUCAAACUUUACGGGUGGAUGGUUUUGUUCGAGUCGACGGCUGUAGCAGAUGAAAAUUGCUAAAAUCAGCUGGAGAGGCGACUGUUCCAUUCGCUUCUCAUAAUGGAAAACGCGCGGAGAGAGUUGGCGAAAAGAAUCGUAAGCGAGUGUAAAGCAAAAGGGACCUCGGUAACUAAGGACUUGGCUUCGUUUCUGCUUUCUCUGUAUCAAUUAAAUCCAGCGUACCGAACGAAAGAAAAUGGAAACGAGGAAAAUGCGAGGGUGAUUCAAGCCGUGACGGAGAGGCUGUGUGACCAGAGCCGGCCCGGUCUUGUGACUUUGAAAAGUCAGCUGUACUUCGCCAAGCAUUAUCACGAUCGAGACGAAACUGUCAAGAGGCAUCGGUUGCGACUGCACCAAAAGACUGGACCUCUGGUCGUCGAGAUUUGCGAGACCAGCAAAUUGGAGAGCGGAAAGGACACGGAGAAGUUAUAUCAGAAAAUAUUGGCGGUGAUAACGCUUCUGAGCGGUCUGGGAAGCCCCACGGUCCCAUCACAUCUGAGGGAGGUGUCGGUGGCGUUGCAGAGCGUCUUCCAGGCUUCCGAGCUGGCGCACUACGUGACUUUGCCGAAACGAGAGAAGGAGGAGCAGUUGAUGGAGCUCAUGUGUUUAGUCGCGGGGAUCCGUCUAUUUAACAGAGAUUGUCAACGCGGUGGCGAGGGAAUCGACGAUCUGCCGAGCAUUCUGCAAGAGGCUCUAACGAAGACCCGCAACUCCAUUCUCGAGCUGUUAGAGCCGCUAAUGGCCAAGAUAUACAAGUUCACGGCCGUCGUGGAAAACGCGGUCACGCGCGUAUCGACCGACGCGUCGGAUGCUGCAUGUUGCAGCUCGGAGGAAGCGGACGCGGACGGGAAGAUCGAGCGGGCCAUCGAAAUGCUAACUGCCAGUCGCCAGCAAGAGAUCUACAUCAGAAAGCUGCUGAGCGAUGUGGAGCGUAGCGAGAACACGGUGAAGAGUCUGAUGGAACGUCUUCGAGCGCGACUCUUCAAACUCCACGACACUGUUCGAUACAGAACGGCUAUCCCUACUACUCAAGUCUACCCGCAAUUUAUUGAUCUGGCGGAUAUAUGGAUGGGCCUGCAAGAUGAGGUGAUCAUUUUGAGUAGCGUCAACAAUUUCCUGUGGGAAUUACAGAGCUUGAGCAAUAAGACUGCGAAUAUUUACGACGAAACAAAGUUAGAAGAUAUUGCCGAGGAUAUUUUAACCGACGCUGAAAGACUCGAACGUUCCAUGGGAAAUUUAAUAACAGAGUGCGGAGAGUGUUUGAUAUACUAUCCAAACGUCACUAAAGACUUCGAGAAGAUUAACUUGGAGUUUCUAGGAUUUUGCGCGUGGACAUUUGCGACGGGCAAAGGAGCCCUCGUACCAGGAAAUCCGAACAACGGUGUGGCGAAAUGGAGAGGAAAGCAUUAUGCCUUCAAGUCGUCCGAAGUAGCCGCAAAAUUUGGAGAAGAUCCCGACAGAUACGUUUACGACGCGCUCAAUUUUGUUCGCAAUCACGCGGAAUACAUCCAUCUGUUUCAAUUACAUGAAGAGAUCGAAGCCAUGCAAAGCCAGGAAGAAUUAACGGAAGAAGGAUUGCGGCUGAAGAUUCGUCAUGAUCAAAAAGUUCAAACGGACGUUCACAUACUUCCGCCCUACAUUGAUAAAGAUUACACUUCCAGCGUUUGGGAGCUCAAGCGUAGAGCACUGCGCUUGGCAAAUAUAAGUCGAUGCGUUACGCGCAGCACACAGACAUUUAAUUCGCACUUCCGAUAUGGUGUUUACGUGCAAGCGUCUCUGCCUCAGGAUAAGGAGGUUCAAACUAGAAGAGAUAGCUGUACAAACACAAAGAAACUCAUGACAUUCAUAUUUGGAUUGCGAGGCAGGCGGGAUGACAAUCAGCACGUUGUAUCGUUCUUGGAAGAUGAGUUUGACCAUUUGUAAAAUUUAAGUUAUUUCUGAAAUAGUUGUGCAAACUUGUAUACGCAAUAAAUGUCUCAAUAAUAUUGAUAUGUAAUGAAGGGAAAAACACCAUUUCAAGUGAAUACACACAUUGUGAAUAAUCAAUCGGGU